UUCUUCUCCUUCUUCUUCUCGUGUUCUUCUGCAACUUGUGAAUAUGGGGAACUACAUCUCCUGCACUCUAUCUACAGUCCCAGGCAAUAAGCACUUCUCCAGAUGUGCCAAGGUAAUAUUACCUAGUGGGGAUAUCAGGCAAUUCGACGGACCCGUCAACGCAGCGGAGCUCAUGUUUGAGAACCCAAAUUACUUCUUAGUAAAUUCUCAAUCGCUGCAGAUUGGUCGUAGAUUCUCUGCUCUCAACGCCGAUGAGGAAUUAGAGAUGGGUAACGUCUACAUCAUGUUUCCCAUGAAGAGAUUGAAUUCUGUUAUCACUGCGGUGGAUAUGGGAGUGCUUUUGAUUACUGCCAAUUCGGCAGCCAAGCGGGCUUCUGGGGGAAAACUCAGGAUCUUGCCGGAAUCCGGUGGAUGCACUGCACGGGUUGCGCCGGUCUCAACUGCUGUUAACAAUUUGCAGGGAAGUGAAGAAGGUUUGCCGAAAUUGAAAUUGGAUGAUAUUGAAGACUUCUCUGUACAAGAAUUCAAGCACAGGUUAUCAGUUUGCAGAUCGAGAAAGCCUUUGUUAGAAACCAUAACAGAGGAACCCCUCUGCUUUAGGUGAACCAUUUUAACAAAACCACAAGGUUAAAGUGUAUGUCUAUGUAGUUUGUGCUCUCCUGUUUUUUGAAGAUGAGAGAAUUAAUUCUUUGUAAUUGUUGGGAAAGAAAAAAGAAAUUCUUUUGUGUAA